UAGAAACCAGCACAUCGACCCCAGCAGCAACCAGCACAUCGAUCCUGGCAGCAACCAGCACAUCGAUCCCAGCAGCAACCAGCACAUCAAACCCAGCAGCAACCAGCACAUCGACCCCAGCAGCAACCAGUGCAUCAAACAAAGCAGAAACCAGCACAUUAACCUCAGCAGCAACCAGCACCUCAAACCCAGCAGCAACCAGCACAUUAACAUCAGCAGAAACCAGCACAUCGACCCCAGCAGAAACCAGCACAUCGACCCCAGCAGCAACCAGCACAUCGCCCCCAGCAGCAGCCAGCACAUCAACCCCAGCAGCAACCAGUACAUCAAACCCAGUAGAAACCAGCACAUCGACCCCAGCAGCAACCAGCACAUCGAUCCUGGCAGCAACCAGCACAUCGAUCCCAGCAGCAACCAGCACAUCAAACCCAGCAGCAACCAGCACAUCGACCCCAGCAGCAACCAGUGCAUCAAACAAAGCAGAAACCAGCACAUUAACCUCAGCAGCAACCAGCACCUCAAACCCAGCAGCAACCAGCACAUUAACAUCAGCAGAAACCAGCAUAUCGACCCCAGCAGCAACCAGCACAUCGCCCCCAGCAGCAGCCAGCACAUCAACCCCAGCAGCAACCAGUACAUCAAACCCAGUAGAAACCAGCACAUUAACCCCAGCAGCAACCAGCACAUCGACCCCAGCAGCACCCAGCACCUCAAACCCAACAGUAACCAGCACAUUGACCUCAGCAACAAAAAGCACAUCGACCCCAGCAGCAACAAGCACAUCAAACGCAGCAGCAACCAGCACAUGGAUCCCAGCAGGAACCAGCACAUUAACACCAGCAGAAACCAGCACAUCAACCCCAGCAGCAAACAGCACAUUAAUCCCAGCAGCAACCAGCACCUUGAGCCCAGCAGCAACCAGCUUCUUGAGCCCAGCAGCAACAAGCAGAUCAAACCCAGCAGCAACCAACACCUUAAGCCCAGCAGAAACCAGCACAUCACCCCCAGCAGCAAACAGCACAUUGCCCCCAGCAGCAUCCAGCACAUCAACCCCAGCAGCAACCAGCACAUCAACCCCAGCAGCAACCAGUACAUCAAACCCAGCAGAAACCAGCACAUUAACCCCAGCAGCAAACAGCACCUUGAGCCCAGCAGAAACCAGCACAUCACCCCCAGCAGCAAACAGCACAUCGCCACCAGCAGCAUCCAGCACAUUAACCCCAGCAGCAACCAGCACCUUAAGCCCAGCAGAAACCAGCACAUCACCCCCAGCAGCAAACAGCACAUCACCACCAGCAGCAUCCAGCACAUCAACCCCAGCAGCAACCAGCACAUCGACCCCAGCAGCAACCAGCACAUCAAACCCAGCAGAAACCAGCACAUCAACCCCAGCAGCAACCAGCACAUCGACCCCAGCAGCCACCUCGAUCCCAGCAGCAACCAGCACAUCGAUUCCAGCAGCAAGCAGCACAUCGAUCCCAGCAGCAAGCAGCACAUCGAUCCCAGCAACAACCAGCACAUUGAUCCCAGCAACAACCAGCACAUCGAUCCCAGCAGCAACCAGCACAUCGACCCCAGCAACAACCAGCACAUCGAUCCCAGCAGCAACCAGCACAUCAAUCCCAGCAGCAACCAGCACAUCAACCCCAGCAACAACCAGCACAUCGACCCCAGCAACAACCAGCACAUCGACCCCAGCAGCACCCAGCACAUCGAUCCCAGCAGCAACCAGCACAUCGACCCCAGCAGCAACCAGCACAUCGACCCCAGCAGCAACCAGUACAUCGAACCCAACAGAAACCAGCACAUUAACUCCAGCAGCAACCCGCACAUCAACCCCAACAGCACCCAGCACAUCGACCCCAGCAGCAACCCGCACAUCGACCCCAACAGCACCCAGCACAUCGACCCCAGCAGCAACCAGCACAUCGACCCCAGCAACAACCAGCACAUGGAUCCCAGCAGGAACCAGCACAUUGACAGCAGUAGAAACCAGCACAUCGACCACAGCAGCAACAAGCACAUCGACCCCAGCAGCAACCAACACAUCGCCCCCAGCAGCAACCAGCACAUUGACCCCAGCAACAACCAGUACAUCAAACCCAGCAGAAACCAGCACAUUAACUCCAGCAGAAACCAGCACAUUGACCCCAAUAGCACCCAGCACCUCAAACCCAGCAGCAACCAGCACAUCGAACAGAGCAGCAAACAGCACAUUGACCCCAGAAGCAAUCCGCACAUCGACCCCAGCAACAACCAGCACAUGGAUCCCAGAAGGAACCAGCACAUUAACACCAGCAACAACCAGCACAUCGCCCCCAGCAGAAACCAGUACAUUGGACUCAGCAACAACCAGCACAUUGACGCCAGCAGCAACCAGCACAUCGCCCCCAGCAGCAAACAGCACAUCGACCCCAGCAUCAACCAGUACAUCCAACCCAACAGAAACCAGCACAUUAACUCCAGGAGCAACCCGCACAUCGACCCCAACAGCACCCAGCACAUCGACCCCAGCAGAAACCAGCACAUUGACCUCAGCAACAACCAGCACAUCGACCCCAGCAGCACCCAGCACAUCGACCCCAACAGCACCCAGCACAUCGACCCCAGCAUCAACCAGUACAUCAAACCCAACAGAAACCAGCACAUUAACUCCAGGAGCAACCCGCACAUCGACCCCAACAGUACCCAGCACGUCGACCCCAGCAGCAACCAGCACGUCGACCCCAGAAGCACCCAGCACAUCGACUCCAGCAACAACCAGCAAAUUGACCCCAGCAGCAACCAGCACAUCGCCCCCAGCAGCAAACAGCACAUCGACCCCAGCAUCAACCAGUGCAUCAAACCCAGCAGAAACCAGCACAUUAACUCCAGGAGCAACCCGCACAUCGACCCCAACAGCACCCAGCACAUCGACCCCAGCAGAAACCAGCACAUUGACCUCAGCAACAACCAGCACAUCGACCCCAGCAGCACCCAGCACAUCGACCCCAACAGCACCCAGCACAUCGACCCCAGCAUCAACCAGUACAUCAAACCCAACAGAAACCAGCACAUUAACUCCAGGAGCAACCCGCACAUCGACCCCAACAGUACCCAGCACGUCGACCCCAGCAGCAACCAGCACAUCGACCCUAGCGGAAACCAGCGCAUUGACCUCAGCAAUAACUGGCACAUCGACCCCAGCAGCAACCAGCACGUCGACCCCAGAAGCACCCAGCACAUCGACUCCAGCAACAACCAGCACAUUGACCCCAGCAGCAACCAGCACAUCGACCCCAGCAUCAACCAGUGCAUCAAACCCAGCAGAAACCAGCACAUUAACUCCAGGAGCAACCCGCACAUCGACCCCAACAGCACCCAGCACAUCGACCCCAGCAGAAACCAGCGCAUUGACCUCAGCAACAACCAGCACAUCGACCCCAGCAGCAACCAGCACAUCGACCCCAGCAUCAACCAGUACAUCAAACCCAACAGAAACCAGCACAUUAACUCCAGCAGCAACCCGCACAUCGACCCCAACAGUACCCAGCAUAUCGACCCCAGCAGCAACCAGCACGUCGACCCCAGAAGCACCCAGCACAUCGACUCCAGCAACAACCAGCACAUUGACCCCAGCAGCAACCAGCACAUCACCCCCAGCAGCAAACAGCACAUCGACCCCAGCAUCAACCAGUACAUCCAACACAACAGAAACCAGCACAUUAACUCCAGCAGCAACCCGCACAUCGACCCCAGAAGCAACAAGCACAUGGAUCCAAGCAGGAACCAGCACAUUAACACCAGCAGAAACUAGCACAUCGACCACAGCAGCAACAAGCACAUCGCCCCCAGCAGCACCCAGCACAUCGAUCCCAGCAGCAACCAACACAUCGCCCCCAGCAGCAACCAACACAUCGCCCCCAGCAGCAACCAGCACAUCGACCCCAGCAGCAACCAGCUUCUUGAGCCCAGCAGCAACAAGCAUAUCAAACCCAGCAGCAACCAGCACCUUAAGCCCAGCAGAAACCAGCACAUCAUCCCCAGCAGCAAACAGCACAUUGACCCCAGCAGCAACCAGCACGUUAACCCCAGCAGCAACCAGCACAUCGCCCCCAGCAGCAUCCAGCACAUCGCCCCCAGCAGCACCCAGCACCUCAAACCCAGCAGCAAACAGCACAUCGACCCCAGCAGUAACCAGCACAUCGACUCCAGCAACAACCAGCACAUCGACCCCAGCAGCAACCAGUACAUCAAACCCAGCAGCAACCAGCACGUCGACCCCAGCAGCAAACAGCACAUCACCCCCAGCUGCAAAUAGCACAUCGCCCCCAGCAGCAUCCAGCAUAUGGACCCCCGCAGAAACCAGCACAAUGGCCCCAUCAGCAACCAGCACAUCGCCCCCAGCAGCAACCAGCACAUCGCCCCCAGCAGCAACCAGCACCUCAAACCCAGCAGCAACCAGCACAUUAACAUCAGCAGAAACCA